AUGGCGGUGCCUGGGGAACUAUCAAUAGACAUGGCAGAUGCUGUUAGCACGGAUCGCGCGGACCAUGGGCUACCACGAUCUUUUAAUCAAAUCCAGGAAUCACCAGAGGAACCGAUCACCUUUAAGCGCAGACAGAAACCUCCAUCACGUUUCGGCCUCCACAGUAUAUUUGGCAGCACGCACGAUACACCUCUGCCAUCUCAUGGCAGCCAUAGAAGUAUCGACGAGAGUACACCGGAGCCACAGCAUAAUACAACUGCUCAAGAUAACAUCAGAGGGCACAAUGAGUCCGGUUCAUCCCAGAAGCCUGGAGCGCCAUUGGACUGGUAUAUCGAAGGACCCGGGAGAAGAGUAGGAUAUGACAACUUGACUGCGAUUGAUUGGAUUUUUGAAUACGCAAAAGAGAGGCAGCGGAUACGACACCUGAACGCAAACAACCCUGGCUUGCUGGGCACGUUCCGGCAGCUGCUAGAUGCAAGUCAGGUUUGGCUGGUACUAAUUAUAACCGGCUUAGCAGUUGGUCUUCUAGCAGGAUGCAUUGAUAUAGCAAGCCGUUGGCUUGCUGAUAUAAAAGUGGGAUACUGCCAGUCAGGUAUGGAAGGGGGGAAAUUUUACCUCAAUCGAAGUUUCUGUUGCUGGGGAUAUGAUGAUCCGGCCGAUUGCAGGCAUUGGAUCCUAUGGCGUGAUGCAUUCCAUAUCCAGUCUAAAGCUGGUGGUUUCAUUGCAGAGUAUAUGGUCUUCAUCCUGUACUCGAUUUUGUUUGCUACUAGUGCCGCUAUAUUAGUCACGUCCUAUGCCACUCACGCAAAACACAGCGGAAUUCCUGAAAUUAAAACAAUUUUAGGAGGCUUUGUGAUCAAACGAUUCAUGGGACUAUGGACAUUAACGAUCAAAUCCGUUGGCCUGUGCCUUUCUGUGGCAUCCGGUAUGUGGUUAGGGAAGGAGGGCCCCUUAGUCCAUGUUGCAUGUUGCUGUGCAAAUGUGAUCAUGAAACCAUUCAGCAGUCUCAAUCAAAAUGAAGCAAGGAAGAGAGAAGUCCUAUCUGCAGCCGCAGCUGCUGGGAUAUCAGUAGCAUUCGGAUCUCCUAUAGGCGGCGUGUUGUUCAGUCUUGAGCAACUUUCCUACUACUUUCCUGAUAAAACCAUGUGGCAAAGCUUCGUUUGUGCUAUGGCGGCAGCAAUCGCUUUACAUGCUCUUAAUCCAUUCCGCACAGGAAACAUCGUCCUUUACCAGGUCACCGAUUCUCGGGGAUGGCAUCCUAUUGAGAUUCUACCAUUCAUUUUACUCGGCAUUUUCGGAGGUCUGUACGGUGGAUUGUUCAUCAAAUUAAAUAUACAGGUCUUUAGAUGGCGAAAGUCCCGGAGUUUUUCUUUCCCUGUCCUCGAAGUUGUCUUCGUGGCUCUGUUAACCGGCCUAAUAAAUUUUCCAAACUCCUUUAUGAAAGCACAAUUAUCAGAGCUUUUACACGCUCUUUUUGCGGAAUGUGCAAAGACUCCCGGUGAUGAAUUUGGACUUUGUAAGAGUAAUGCUGACUCUCCCGGGACAGUCUGGGCUCUGGUCUUCGCUGCAACUCUUGGGUUCUUGCUUGCGUCGAUUACGUUUGGCUUGGAUAUUCCUGCUGGCGUAAUUCUUCCGUCUCUUGCCAUCGGUGCGUUAUAUGGUCGGGCUCUCGGCACAGCCGUUAGCAUAUGGCAAAAGGCGCAUCCAAAUUCUCUAUUUUUUAGUGAUUGCGAACCUGGCGGGCCUUGCGUCACACCAGACACAUAUGCGAUUGUUGGAGCCGCAGCUGCUUUAGGAGGAGCCACUAGGAUGACGGUGUCAAUUGUUGUUAUCAUGUUUGAGCUAACAGGAGCCUUAACACAUGUCAUUCCUAUUAUGAUUGCCGUUAUGCUUUCCAAGUGGUGUGGUGAUAUAUUUGGGAAGCAUGGCAUUUAUGAAUCCUGGAUACAUCUAAAUGAGUAUCCAUUCCUGGACCAGAAAGACGAUAGUGCGCCUCCAGACGUACCGGUUAGCCAGGUUAUGACUAGCGUCAACGAUCUGACAUUAAUCACCGCCGUCGGACACACUGUUGAAUCCCUGAAUAACUUGCUUUCCAGUACCCCCUACCGCGGAUUCCCUGUGGUUUCGGACAUGGCCAGCCCUACACUACUUGGUUAUAUUUCGCGCAACGAACUAUCAUAUGCCUUGAAGGUCUCAUCCUCUCGCCAUUCAGGGAAUCUAUCUCCAGAGACACAAGCCUUUUUCUCACACCAGCCGUUUGCCGAUCCUGCCGAAACUCUUGACCUUCGCCCAUGGAUGGACCAGACCCCCAUCACACUUAACAUACAUGCCAAUUUUCAGAUUGUGGUAAAUAUGUUUCAGAGGCUUGGCCUCCGGUAUGUGCUUAUCGUUAAUAGAGGGAGGUUAGAAGGUUUCUUGACGAAGAAGGAUAUCUGGUAUAUUCUUAAUGAGUCCCAAGGGGAAAACGGCACUGGGGUUGAUAGGGGUAUAUUGCGGACAGACGGCUUGGGAGAACACGGUUUGUCAACCCGUUCUGAUAACCCGAUGCUUGUUAGCCCCGUUGACGAUGAUGGAAACAUGUUAUGA